UUGAGGAACAUUUACUUCAGCGUUUGGGGGGUUUAUUUUAGAUGAUUCAAGUAUAUCACCUUUUAAAGUAGAAACGUUUAUGAAUUCAUUAAAAGACAGAUUUUAAAAACAAAACGGAUUUAAAAUGUUUUUCUUUCUUUUUAUAUUUGUGAAAAUUAUUCUGAUAACGUCCGGGCAUCCCCAUGAAAAAAGAAGAAACGAUGAACCAAUUUGUUCAAAAUUUGACUAUGAGGAAAAACUUUUAGAAAAAAUGAUAAGAAUGGAAUUGAAAAUGGAAAAGAUAAUUGAGGAAGUUAAAGAUAAAGAAAAGGAGGUUUUGACCAUAGCGACUGAUGUGUCACAAAGAGUUGGCAAUAUGGAGAAUAACGCCUUUCAGUUUCAGCUUGAUAUCAACCAAACAAUGAUUGAGCUUUCUGAUAAUUUCAAAGAAGAAACAGCUAAGCUUAAAGCUUUAGCAGACAAGUCGCUGUUGCCUAUCGUCGGAUUCAACGCUCGUUUAUCUUCGACAAAAACAGUGAACACAGGGAACAAGGUUGUCUACGAUACCGUAAUAACAAACCAAGGUGAAGGUUACGAUAGUGUCACGGGAGUAUUCACUGCACCGCUCACUGGACUCUAUUUCUUCACAGCCCAUGUUUGUAAUCAAGGAAACAAGGAUGUUCAGUACGCAAUAUACCAAGAAGGUACACUCAUAACCACCAGUACACAGUUUGAUAAUGGCGGCGUUUAUAGUUGUAGCUCUGUAAGCACCAUCGCCAUGGUAAACAAGGCGGAGCGGGUGUGGGUACAAAGUUUAGAUACUUCUGUGUAUUACGUCGACACACGCAGAUGGAAUACAUUUGCUGGAUCGCUUUUGAUCAGACAAGUUCGUUGAUUGUAUAAAAAACACUUAAUAUUUGUUUAUAUGGUAAACCUGAAAAUAUAUUUAUCACAUGACUCAGCAUAAAACCUUGUAUCUGUAGAAUACACAUAGUUUAUAACACAAAAGCGCGCACUUAAAACAACGUCAAAUACAUAUACUUUUAUUCAUCGUAAAAAGGAAUAUACCAUUCUUUUGUUGUUUUCUAUGAAAACAUGAAAAUAGUUGAAGUUUGAAUUAAGACUGAGAGAUUGUCCUGGUUUUCAUUACCUGUUUCCUAAUUAUCUUAUUUAUAUCUUAUAAUGCUACUUAGCAAGGAGGUUUUUUAUUGAGAUUAAAAAAUGUCACCUAAAUAUCAUGAAUGAAAAAAUGACCGAAACAAAGAAAAUUGAGAAAUUAAAGCAAAUAAAUAUUUUUCAAGGGACAUAACAAGCAUUUGUACUUUCCAUGUUUAAAUGUUAGAUUCUGCUUAAUCCGUUGUUUAGGGGUGAGGGCGAUUACUUGAACUUUACAAUGCCGUCCAUGAACAGGGCCUGCAUCAUUUCAGUCUUGUCGUUUUGGGCGUUCUUUUGGGAUUCCGUUUUCUGUACUUCAUGCCAAGUGUUAGUAUUUUCAUAGGCGUUAAAUUAGCUUCAUUAUAAUUUUUGCCAGAUUUUAACCGCUUGACUUUUUAGUUCAGUUAUUUCAUUCACCAAGAUCCUUUGUGUCGGCACACAUUAUAUUUUUUAUUUUGUUCCUUUGAAAACGUCAUCAUUAAUGUAGAUUUAAGGUCUUUGAUUAGUAUUAGAAGUAAGUUAAUAAAUGUCUUCCUGGCGAUGAUAGGGUGAUAGAGGUUGGGAAGUUCUCAGUGAAUUUUAUCUAAGAAAACACUGUCUGUUUUAUAUUUGUUAUUCACUCAUUCAAAUCCGCUACAAAUCUAUGCGGGAUAACUUGUUUGACGAGAUAAUGAUAGGGAAAUAAUAUUUAGAUUCUCGUACAUUGGUUUAUUUAUUCUGGCAUUUCAUAUUGUGAUUAUUUUUGCAUAUGAUACAAACAGAAAAGAACAUUAAAAUUCUUGGCAAGCUGAGUAAUGCUCGAAGGCCACGCUCCGUCGUACGAAUCACAUAGCCUCGUAUUUCAAUGUUCUUUCUAUUAUAUAUCCGACCUAUGUUUGUUUUAUAAUAAUUUUUUUGAUUUAUUGCUCAUUGGAUCGAUAAUUAAUCUGGAAUAAAAUUAAUGUUUCUGUUUUUGUGUAGUUGCAUUAUAAAUUUCAACUAUUUUUU